ACUCUCUCGUGGCCACUAAAAACAAUGGUGCUCCUAGAGCUACUCAUCGUCGGCUCAACACUUGUUCUAUCGUUGUAUGUUAGGUUCUGGAGAUCAAGGAACGGCCCGUUGCGCCCCGUGGACUGGCCGAUAGUUGGCGUUCUCCCGGCCCUCAUUUCCAUGCUCCACAACCUACACCACGAAGUCACAGUCAUCCUUGCUGCCUCCGGCUGCAACUUCAAGGCACAAGGACCAGUAGGAAGUGGCAUGCGGUUCUUCUUCACCGCUGACCCGGCAAAUGUCCGUCACAUUUUCACAUCCAAUCAUGCAAACUACCCCAAGGGCGAGGAGCUCGCCGAGAUCUUCGACAUCGUGAGCGGCAGCAUCCUCACCGUCGACGGCGAGGCCUGCCGCCAGCAGCGAGGGAUGUUCCAGACCGUCCUGAGCAACCAACGGGUACUUGAGCUGAUGUUCCGUUGCUGCCGACACAAGGUGGUGCAUGACCUGCUCCCCUUCUUAGCCCGCAUGGAGAGUAGUGGGACACCGUUCGACAUGCAGGACUUGAUGACGAGGCUCAUAUUCGACCUCACUGCCACCCCAAUCUUCGGAGUGGACCCUGGUUGCCUGUCUACAAUGAUGCCGUCGAUGCAUGUCUCGGCUGCCAUGGACACGGUCAUGGAGGUUGGUCUUUUGCGGCACACUGUGCCCACCUCCUGCUGGAAGGUGAUGAGACAGCUGAACAUUGGCCCGGAGAGGAAGCUGGCCGUGGCGCACACACUGCUGCAUGAGUUCAUCACGGAGAUGAUGGUGAAGUCAAAAGCCAGGUGCUCCGAUCCUGCAGGCGAGAUUGCUGCCAUGGACAUUAUUUCUGGUGACCCGGCGUACAGCAGCGACGCGGCCAUGCUGAGGAAAAUACUCAUCAACUACAUGAUCGCUGGCCGGGACACUGUUGGCACAACACUACCGUGGGUUUUCUACAACCUCGCCAAGGAUCCCCGCGUCGUCUCCGGCAUCCGCGAGGAACUGGCUCACAUCGCAUCACUCAAGGCUUCCGGAACAAAAAACAUGGUGUUCUUUGAGCCGGAGGAGACUAAAGACCUAGUCUACCUUCAGGCAGCCUUAUUCGAGACUCUGAGGCUGUACCCGCCAGGUCCGUUCGAGCGCAAGAUGGUGCUUGCCGAUGAUGUUCUCCCAAGCGGCCACCGGUUGUGCUCCGGCGAAACCAUCCUGAUCUCCAUCUAUUCCAUGGGCAGAAUGGAAGCCCUGUGGGGGAAGGAUUGCGACGAGUACAGGCCCGAGAGGUGGUUCACUGAAGAUGGCGCUAAGCUGCGGUACGUGCCAUCUCACAAAUUCAUGGCUUUUAACUCAGGACCGAGGAUGUGCCUUGGGAAGGACAUAGCAAUCACGCAGAUGAAGACAAUAGUUGCCGCGGUCGUAUGGAACUUCCAUUUGGAGAUGUUGGAAGGGCAGAGCAUCCAUCCCAAGCUGUCGUGUAUUCUACAAAUGAAGAACGGGCUCAAGAUGAAGGUUAAGAAGAGGCAGGAAAAACGUGAUCUACAGUGAUUGUUAUCAUGUGCAAAAUAAGAUACGUACGUGCAGUACAACUACAACCAAAGCCAUGCGUCUUUAAUUCACGAGGUUUCAAACGUCAAUACCAAAGAGUAUGUACAGAUUAUCGCGAAGAUGUUUUGAGCAAGACCGCGAAAUGCGAACAUGUAAUAACAAUAAAUCUAUCUAUAUAUAUUACAAAGCACAUGUCUUCCUCAAUUUGUUUCCCAUCAUACUGAUUGUACCCACCUCAACUUUUUGCUUAUAGGUUUCUACAAAAAUAAUCCUUGUACACUACGCGGAAG